UCUUUAAGAAUCGUACCAGAAAACAACAAAGCUUCAUCCAUAAGUAGCACAGCAUACGGGGAAACCGCAGAACAUGCUCCCGGUUUACAGGAUAUCUUGAGAACACAAGAAGGGCCUUUGAAUUUGGCAUCUAAGUUGAAUAACCGUCAUCCUUUAGAAGGCAGAAUAGCCAACUGGGAACAGACACAACAGGACACACGACUCGAGACCUACAGAAGGGUGUUUGGAGCUGGUGAGCCAAUCAAGAGAACUAUGGAGUUGGAGCUUGUAGAGGCCAGUGACUUCAAGCCCAGUGUGUUGGGAGGAUCAGAUAGUUUACAUAGAGAUGUUCUUUUGAACAAGGAUGCUUCUGUGGAUUGGGAGGAUGUUUACAAGGGAGGCUUUGAGAGUGGCAAUAAUGUGAAGGACUUCCAUUCUGAGAUGGAGAAGAAGAUGGGCCUCUAG